AUCAAACCUCUAUAAAUCACCCUCUUGAUUACACACUCCCAAAACAUUCUCGACAAAUGUUGAACGACGCUAACAGUGUACCACCACCGCUCCCGCCACCGCCGCAACCGGUCCCCGGCAAGUCUCCGGCAUGCGCCGCGUGCAAACAUCAACGGAAAAAGUGCGUCGACACGUGCGUGUUCGCCCCGUACUUCCCUCCGGGCCUCGCCCGCGAGUUCCACCGCGCACAAAAGGUUUUCGGGGUAAGCAACAUGGCGAAGAUGGCCGCCGGAAUCCCCGUCGGCCACCGCGGGCUCUUCUUCGAGUCGGUGGUUUAUGAGGCGGAGCUCCGGUACCUGAACCCGGUGACCGGUUGUGCCGGUCAGGUUGAUAGGCUUAGGAGGCAGAAUUGUGAGCUUAGGCACGAGGUUGAGGUGUUAAGGGAGAAGGUUAGGGUGUAUGAGGAUUUUUUCCAUAACAAUAACGGUAACGGUAACGGGUUUGUUUAUAAUAUUAGUGAUCAGCAUCCCCAUGAUAAUUGUGCAAAUUUAAAUGCCGUCACCAAUAACAGUAACAGUAACAACGUGGUGUUUUAUAGCGCGGGAUCGACGUUGCUUAACGGUGAACGGGGAAAGCGUGCAGAUUCUUGAUACUACUGUUACGGUUUCUAGUUUUUAUGUUUACUGAAAUUAAUAACGUUUUUAAUUAUUGUAAUUAUCAAUUGUUGGCCGAAUGUGGUAUAAAUGGGUGUUAAUAAGAGAAGACUAUACAUGGGAUUAUGCAUUAAAAAAAAAAAGAAUUUUCGUGCUUCUUUUGUUUCCAUAUUUUUGUUAA